AUGGAACGCACUCUAAGGCCAAUACAUGUCGAUGAAGGCAGUCCGACAACCUCACGAGCUGUUCUACAACCCAUCAUCAUCAUCAUCGCCUCGACGACCCUCGUCUUUACAGGAUGCGGAAUAAACUUCGCAUUCGGUGUCUUCCAAGAGCUCUACGACUCCAUGUCAAAGGAGCCAAAUACCCCGUUCACCGGCGCAACACCGGCGCAAAUUGACCUGAUCGGCACCCUCUCAAUCGCACUGAUGACAAUUGGCGCUCCAUUCGCGACAGCGUGGACAAAGCAAUAUCCCCCUCGAUAUGUCAUCUGGGCUAGCGGAAUAAUUCACUCAAGCGCUCUUCUUUUUGCAAGCUUCAGUCAACACUUGUGGCAAUUCAUCCUCACCCAAGGCGUUCUACUCGGUAUGGCCACGUGCUUGACUUACAUGCCAUCUGUAACCGUAGCACCGACCUGGUUCACACUGCACCGCGGAUUAGCGAUGGGGAUAAUUCUCGCAGGAACAGGAAUCGGUGGCGUUGCAUGGCCACUCGCUUUUCGAUACCUCAUUGAGUCCGUCGGAUUCCGUAACACUCUCCGUGUCACGGCGGGGAUAUCCUUCGUACUCAUUUGCUGCUCGGGGACAUUUAUACGCUGGCCUGCCAGUCAGAUCACUCGUAUUCAAGCCGAGAACGCCGCUUCUUCCCGUUCGUCAACUUUUUUCCGCCUUCCGCUGGUCGAUUGGCGUGUUGUCCGAAGUCGCAAGUUCGUCGCUCAUGCGCUGGGUGCAGCAUUGCAGUCUGCUGCAUACUAUACACCGGUGUUCUUUUUCGCGUCUUUUGCGCGUACACUAGGUUACUCACAGGCAACAUCCGCGAACUUCAUUGCCAUCUCGAACGCUGCGAAUGCGCUAGGCAAGGUGGUCAUCGGCCACGCAGCUGACCGUAUGGGAAGACUCAAUACACUGGUAUUAACCACCCUCAUUUCAGCUGUCUCGGUCCUUGCAUUGUGGCUUCCCUCCUGUCUAUCUGCCACACAAUCUACCGGGAGUACACUGUUCAUCGCAUUCACGAUCUUCUAUGGCAUUUUUGCAUCAGCAUACGUCGCUCUCUUCCCGACGAGCCUCGUAGAAUUGUUCGGUGUGCAGAACUUUGUCAGUGUCAAUGGCCUACUGUAUAUGGUACGAGGCUUUGCAACCUUAGUUGGAACCCCAGUUGCGGGCGCGCUGAUCCGUGGAAACCACGAGAAGAGUGUCGGUCCACGAAGCUAUGAGAAUACCAGCAUUAUGGUUGGUGUACUGCUGGUUGUGGCGACGUUGGCUGUGGUCUGGGCGCGACUUGAGGCUACACUUACCCUUGAUGCUGCUGCGGGGCGCAGAAUGAAGUGGUUGAUGUAA